AUAAAUGUAUAUAUAUUUCAGGUGUCUCUUGAGGCUGAGAUGAAUGAUAAUGAUAUCGAUAUUACGUCGCUGAUGCCUACAGGACCGUUUCGCUUGUUGGUCAUGGACAUCUAUGGAAAUGUAAGCCUUUUAUUAACGUAAUCCCAGUCAGUUAUUAAACUACGAUAAGAAUAAGUGUAUAUUCGAUGUUCUUCCGUAUUUGCGUCGUUUGCGAUACCUGCAUAUUCAUCAUCAUCAUCGCUCUCCAUUUGCAUACUGUCUACUUUCGCUUCCUCAUACGGGAGUUGAUCAACUUGAUCACUUUCUGUCACAACCAUGACCAACAGCGUCGACGAUCAAACACCUGUUUCGCGAAAAGACGUGUUGGUUAAGUAUCUACAAUACUACGACGAAGUAAGUUGUGAAGGCAGUGUGAGCGUGUGCUCGGAGACGCGUGUGACGGAUGAAGCCAGGCGCGUGCUGCUGCUGGCGGAGGACGAGCCACGGAAGAGACUCGACGCGCAGCGCUUCUACGAGACUCUCUACAAGUGCGCGCAGUACAGAGACGGCCACAGACGGGUCCACGACUUCAAAAAAGCUGCCGAGUUACUGGAGAUGUUCUGUGUCAACCUCUUUUUGUUUCCAUGGAAGAAAGAGAUUAAAACCUUAAAGACAUUUACAGGACACUUUGUAUAUUACAUCAAGCCAGUAUUGCCUUUUGCCAGAAGUAUUCUUCAGAUGAUUGGAUACAGCAUGGAAACAGACACUGAGUAUAGACUGUCAGACAGUUUUGAUCCUGACCAGGCCAAGAGCAUGGGAUUCGACCUUUUCCUUGCCAGGUUAGAGUGCGAUUAUCUUCUGGAGCUCAUGAACCAGAGAUCACAUGUGGAAUGUCUGGAGAUCAUCCGAAUGAGAGCUGCUCCUCUGACCUUCAGCGGUGGAGAAGUCGUUUCAGAACCGAUCAAUGGCACCUGUAAUCUAAACGAGGAUGUCUUUAAGGAUGAUGGGCACGUUGAAGGUGGCUCUCUGGUAAACCCAGAGGAAGAGGAGCAACAGGAGUCACUUAAAAGUCAUGACCCUCUUGAUCAGGAAGUCGACAAGUCUCAAGAUGCUUCCAUCUCUGACGUCGAAAGGCCGUCCAACUCAUUUAUGACUGAUGACAAGUCUAUCUUAGAGAUGCGGGAGAACUACCCAGACCUGGCCAUCCGACAAAAGCCCAUUUUCCGAAAGUCUCAAAGAUCUGUGCAGCCUCUCAAGGCCCAGGAGUGGGCUGGAUCCCGGGGCCACAAUGCGGGCCUGUUCCACGAGGCCAGUGCUGACAUGAGUGGCCCCCAAUCGAUAGCCAUACAUACUGAGACCUUGCCAGGCCAAAGAAAACUACACAUCGCAAAUGCUCCUGUAGAAGCCCAGCCCUCAGAUGACAAACCAUUGGUUCUUCAAGUCGGGAAGCUGCUGCAAGGACGCAGCCGUGAAGGCUCGACAGAAGACUGCCUGGCUGAGCUCACUGAGCAAAUGGGGAAAAUGCACAUGAAGGGACUCAGUGCAGAUGGACCUCUUAAAUACCCCAUUGAGGAGACCACACAGGCCCAGCCAUGCAGUGGACCCAGUGACGUCAUCACAGCUCCACCCACAAAAUCACCAGAUGGCAUGAGCCUGCCCAUCCUGUGCAGCCCAUCCCAGGAGCCUGUCUGCAACAUCACAGGUUGUGGGAGCUGUCCUGGGUCUGAUGGCAUUCAUGCACAGGACAACCAUGUUAGAGAGCCUCCUCAGUCAGUCUACGUCCAUAGUCCACUGAGCGCGUGUACACCAGUGUUUGGACCACCGACUGACCACAGUCAGACUGCCGAUGAGGGCUCAAAUAGAUGCAAGAGUCCCACACCUCCGCAACCAGAAGACGACCUAGUCCAAACAUAUGUGGUGAUUUAGAGACAUGAAGCAUUCCUGUUUCUUCCUUAUCCCUGGCAGAGAUUUUAAAGUGUUCUAAAGUGUGGUAGUGCACCAAAAUGUCUUUGUGCCAGUCAUUAUGUGCAAAGCAUUUUCAUUGAUAGAGAGUUUCUUGUUAAUGGAUGAGCUUUGGUAUGUAAAGAGUGAUUAUGAAGGUGACAGGAGGAAUGUCUGUGCUCUUUGUCUUUUUAUUAUUAUUGUUUUGUUUUUUUUAAGUGAAGGAAGGUUUCUUGCUGCUAUAAUUUUCAUGAAUCUGCUUGGGUCAAAAUGAUUAUUAGAGCUUGAUUUUCUAGGUACUGUGCCUUAUGAAAUGUAGAGACAGAUAAAUGUGCACCCGUCUUAAUGGACCAUUUGUUCUGCUGGGGUGUCUAACCUAGGAUUAAUGGGGUUAUACAAGUGCUACAAAAUAGUGUUGCGGGCUUCAUUUAUAAAAUGUGCAUAUGCACAGAUUUGGUCAACGUGAUUUGAUCUUAGAGCCAAAAUUCAUGCCAACGUUAAGAUUUAUAAAAAUGGUCUUUGAUGUGGAAAAGUGCUUUGUGCCAUGCCAGGUUAUAAGAAGGUGUACUGAGUAAUGCAGAUAUUUGGAAAUCAAAAAAUGGUCGUCGCUGAUCAUCCUCAAGUAAAGAAUUUGGACGUUGAUUGGUGCACUUUAAUAUGCGAAUGACAUUAAGGGUCGUUUACAAUACAGAGAACUAAAUUCAAGAUCUUAUAUUAUUUAUAGGUUCACAUCUGUGAGAGGUGUGCGCAUGCUUUUUGUGUGUACAGUCAGUUCUAUGAAUCACAUGUACGCACAUUUGAGAAAUAAUCUUAGAUCAAAUGUAGGUUUUUACACAUUUUAUAAAUGAGCCCCCUGGUGCAUCUAGAUUAUACUGCCAGUUAAUUUAAAGGAAUAUGGUGCAAACAAUUUUUAAAAAUCUUUUUUCAGUCUUUUCGUGCCAUAUUACUGAUGUUACAGUGUUAUGUGACUGUAAAUUACAAUGUAAUAAAAUCACUAUUUUUUAA